CAGGAGGAAAUUAUCUCCCUGUUGGAAGAAUGUCUUGUGCUGGCCCUCUUCCUAGAUGAUUAUCUUGCCCCGCCAGUAAUUUAUAGAACACUUGGAGAUUUAUAUCGUGACGUCCGUCAAGUAGCUAAGGCAAGCGAAUGUUAUGAAAAACUUUCAUCCUUUUUAUUUGGUUCAGGAAUAAAAAACACUCGUAAAGAUAUUGUGGUACGCUAUCAUUUAGCAAUUCGCUUUGAAUCAUUAAGAAAAUAUGAUAAAGCAAUUGAAUAUCUUGAAAAGAGCCUUAGCAUUGCUAAAGCAAUUGGUGAGCGAGAAUGGGAAGCAGCUAUAUACCAAAAAUUAGGACAUGAAUAUCGAUCAUUAGAGAAAUACAACAAGGCAAUUGAGUGUCAUGAAAUGAGCCUUKGCAUUUCUAGAGACAUUAGGAGCASAAAAAAAGAACAAGAUGCUUAUGUGGACCUGGGAAAUGUUCAUUACUCGUUAGCAAAUCAACAAAAGGCAAUGGAAUAUUAUGAAAAGGGACUUAGCAUUGCUAAAAAUAUUGGUGACAAAAAAGGAGAAGGAAGAAUUUAUGGAAACUUAGGAUGUGUCUAUUCCUCAUUGCGUAAUUACCACAAAGCAGAAGAAUAUUAUGAAAAGAGCCUCGGAAUUGCUCAAGAGAUUGGCGACAAAAAAGGUGAAAGCACUAUGUUGUCCAACUUAGGAGUUGCCUAUCUAUCAAAAGGAAAGUACCACCAAGCAACCGAAUGUCUCGAAAGGACUGUUAAAAUUGAUAAAGAGACUGGUGACCUGCUGAGAGAUGAAGUUCCGUAUUAUAAUUUAGGAAAUGCAUAUCAGUCAUUAUGGAAAAACGAUAAGGCAAUAGAGAAUCAUGAACGAAGCCUUAGCAUUGCUAAAGAGAUUGGUGAUAGACGGAGAGAAGGACUUGCUUAUAGGCAAUUGGCAAACGUCUAUCAAGUAUCAGGAGAAUACCACAAGGCAAUUGAAUGCUAUGAAAAGCGCCUUGACAUUGCUAAAGAGAUUGGUGACMGACAGGGAGAAGCGACUACUUAUGGUAACUUAGGAAAUGUCUAUGGAUCAUUAGGAAARUACAACAAAGCCAUUGAAUAUCAUGAAAAGAGCAUUGGUAUUGCUAAAGAGAAUGGUUACCGAUAUCUAGAAGGAAGAAUUUAUGUUAACUUAGGAUCUGUGUAUCAAACAUUAGGGAAACAUAACAAGGCGAUUGAAUGUCACGAAAAGGGCCUUGUAAUUGCAAAAGAAGUAGAUGAUAGACAAGGAGAAGGAAUGACUUAUGGCAAAUUAGGAAAUGCCUAUCAGUCGUUAGGAGAAUAUGGUAGRGCUAAUGAUUUUCUUCAAAUGUCUCUUGGAAUUGCUAAAGAUACAGGCCAUAAAGAAGGAGAAACCAUUGCUUGCGGAAGCUUAGGAGAGUUUCAUUUUUUAAUAGGUGAAAAUCACAGAGCAAUUGAGUAUUACGAAAUGAUGCUCAAAAUCGCUAAAGAGAUUGGUUCCAGACAAGCAGAGGGAACUGCUCUUCAAAGCCUAGGAGGCUGUUAUUUGGCAUCAGGAGAAUGUCAAAAGGCAAUUGACUAUAUUGAAAAGAGCCUUGACAUUGCUAAAGAGAUUGGUAAUAGAGAAGGAGAAGGAAUUUCUUAUGGAAACCUAGGCAAUGCCUAUCAGUUUUUAAAUGAACAUCAAAAGGCAAUUGAAUGUUAUGAACAUCGCCUUGACAUUUCUAGAGAGAUUGGAGACAGAAAAAGAGAAGGGAAUGCAUAUGCAAACCUUGGAAAUGUUUACGAAAGUCUGGAAGAAUAUCACAAGGCAAUCGAAUGCUAUGAAAAGAGCCUUAGUAUUGCUAAAGAAAUUGGAAACAGACAAGGAGAAGCUAGUGCUCAUCAUAAUUUAGGUUUCAUCUAUCAAAAACACAAUAGCAUAAGAGACAUAAGCCAAUCAAAGGAACACCUCAAAUCGAGUAUCACAUGCCAUGAGAUGCUGUUUCAAGAUCUAAAAGAAAAUGACCAAUUCAAGAUUUCCAUUGUCGAGACUUUUAUCAAAACCUUUCAAGUACUGAACCAAGUCCUCAUCGAAGCUGGCGAGACCAAUCAAGCUCUCUUAGUUUGUGAACGGAGACGAGCUCGAGCUUUGGGUGAUCUUUUGAGCUGUAAAUAUAGCACUAUCGAUGGAGCCACUUUAAAAGAUCAAACGGCAAUGGAACUUGAUGACAUUAGCGCAGUUCUAAUGAGUUCUGAUACCUGCAUUCUAUUUUAUAAUAUUCAUUAUAUAAAGCACAUUGCUAACAUGUGGGUCAUAGCUCCAGAAACCGAACCAAUCUUCUUCUACGAUGAAAGGGUCCAGCCAGAAGCUUUGAGAGAAAUUUCCUGGGAUAUGUCUGAAGGUGACGGAAAGGAUGUGAAAAAUGGAAAUUUUAAACUCCUCGUCGAAAACAGCUUUCAAUACAUGGGCAUUAGAGAAGGAAUGAAAUGCGAAGACAGAUCUCUUGGAUUAUUAGAAUGUGAAGACAACGACUCCAAAACCGCUUCAAACCCCAAAAGAACCGCUAUGGAUGAUGAAAGUUGCAGAUGGAUGCAGGAGGCAGAAUGUGAAGAAGACGUGCCACUAGAAAUGCUGUUUGAUAGAUUAGUCGCCCCGGUGCUGAACAAGCUGACCAAAGAUGAGAUUAUCAUCAUUCCAGAUGGCCCUCUAUUUAUGCUGCCAUUCGCUGCUCUACAAGAUCCAAAGACAGGAAAGUUUUUAUCAGAAAGCAAACGCAUUCGCUUGGCACCAUCUCUGACGACUUUGAAGAUAUUACUGGAAUCCUCGGAUGACAAUUAUUCCAAGUCAGGUGCGCUCAUCAUUGGUAACCCAGCAACGGGAAAAGUCAUGUAUAAAGGUAAACAAAGGAGCAUCACCUCUUUACCAGGUGCAGAGAAUGAAAGUAAAGAGAUUGGMAAACUACUCGGAGUACAACCGUUGAUAGGAGAACACGCUACAAAAGAACGAGUCCUAGCAGAACUCAAACGGGGUGUCUCGGUCAUUCACUUUGCUGCACAUGGAUGCGAGGAAAACGGACAGAUCUUUCUUGCUCCUUCUCAACCUUCAACAACAAAYAACAUUCCAGAGGAGAAAGACUACAUYUUGACUAUGAAGGAAGCACAAGACAGURGAAUUCGUGCUCAACUCGUUGURUUGAGCUGCUGCCACACUGGUCGGGGUGAGAUCAAAUCAGAGGGAGUCGURGGAAUGACUCGAGCAUUUCUUGCUGCAGGAGCCCGUUCRSUUGUAGCRUCAUUGUGGGCYAUUGCUGAUGAAGCUACUAUGUUAUUUAUGGUGAAAUUCUAUUCUCAUCUCAAGAAUGGAGAGAGUGCAAGUACGAGCCUACAGCAAGCAAUGAAGGAGAUGAGAGAAACAGAGAAAUACAAAGAGCCAAAAUACUGGGCUGCCUUCUUUCUUAUUGGAGACGAUGUAACCAUCACUGUUUAACUUCCCGGUAGAACUAUGACAUGUCAAAACAUUCUACGGUUCUAACGACAGAGAUGAAUGGUUUCCAAUUUCACAACAAAACAAAGAGARAAAAAAGAUAGAGAAAAGGCGAAUGACAGCAAAACACUAUAAAUAGAGAAGGAGAAUCACUGGAACAUAAAACUAAAUUGUGAAAAAUAGAUAAUUUGAAAUUCAACUAUCGGAGAGUCAAAAUUUCCCGAGUUUGAGAAGAUGUCUCCUUGUGCAAACAUGYUGUGACGUCAUAGUUUUAUAGAAAUGCUGAAUAUACAAAUAGUACAAACAAGUUUAACAGAAAUACUUGAUCAGAAUWAGAGCUGCCGUAUUGUAGGCUAACUUAUUCUUAGUCUUACACUUAGGUUUACAGGAUUGUUUAUACAGAAUUAUACAGACUUUUUCUGUUUACUUGUACCAAGUUCAAUGGGAAGCUGCAAGUCUAAUAGUCUAUUUAUUGGUAGCGCUUUACUAAUCCAUCUCAUAGACUAUAAUGCAUUCCAGUUCUAGUUUUGCCUUCUAAGUCGUAGCGUAUUUGAGCUUCACAUGGGGCGUGGUUUAUAAGUCAUAUUGCAACUAGCUAGAGAGCACACAACCUUCUUCCUGUAGUAAUCGUCUUUGAUUCGAUUUUUAAAAAUGUAAUAGGUGCUGGCUCGCAUUGCGAAGAGACCUUUGAUUAGCUCAUCUCGGUGUACUGAACAAAAACUUAAAAAUAUAACGCUAUUUGCUAGGAUCAAAAUGAACGCAAAKGAUGCAAAAAUCGUCAUUGGAAGCGGGCAAUCAUCAUCCCGUUCCUAAGGUAAAAGCCGUUCUAUAAAUAUCAUGAUGAUCAYGUGUUUCUUCAGCUACGCUUGAGACAGACUCAGAGUUAGACAGAUUGAUAAGUCAAAGCUGUUCAUUUCAAAUUAGUUCCAUUGAAGGACAUCAACUAUAUUCUGCUUAUGUUAUUACCGAGAGUAUUUUUAUGAGAACAUUUGACUUA